GUUCGGUCCGCUACUACUGCGUUCGUUCGUUCGUUCGUGUAUCCCCGGCCGAGAGAGCUUGUGCAGAGUGCUCGCCAACGUCUGCGAGACCCGUGUCGCGCACAACUCUACACGGAGAAUAAACGUCUCGCGCCCUCAUCGUCCGCGAACGUUCUCCUUUUUCCCUAAAAAUCGUGCCAGAUCCUUUCACAGCGCGCGAACAGUCCUCCGCGAACCUCCAAUCUAUCCUCGCCCUUUCUCACUCUUCGCCCUUUUCCGGUUUGGUUAGCUAGCCGGCCGGUUGAGAAAAAAAGGGGGUACCCGGUUGUCCGGGUGACAUCGGUGGACAGGAAAGGCUCGUUCGCAUCGCGGAACCCUGGGAUAUUAAAGUUCGCUCGUGUUGAGUUUUUCUGGUCGCACGACGUGCACGAGAGACACGCGUGUCAGUCCACGCGUUUAUCGAGGUGAGAGAAUUCCGUGUUGUGUAUAAACGACCGCGCCGCUGGAACCAGCGGAUCCUGUUAGGAAGACGGCGAUGUCUACACGGCUAAUGCGGCUGAUGAUGACAACGACGAGGAUGCACGCUCGGCAUGGGAUGAGAAGCGACGACGGCGAUGGGAAAUUGUGUGCGCAGUGAACUCGCGAACUCCGUGUAUCUCCGUAACUCCGCUAUCGCUAUAUCGGCGACGACGGCGAAACUGCGUGCGUGUGAAUGCGUGCGUACGUACGUUCGUGCUUGCGUGCGUGCGUGCGUGCGUGCGUGUGCGCUCGUCACAAUCGGGAGACACGCGUGGUCCGCGUAUAUACCCGUCUCGACCCGGUACCUCGCCGUUGUUCGCGCGAGACCAACCCCCUUGGUACAACCCCCUAAGUGAGGCGUUCAACGUGGCCGAUCCUUGGACAUGGUGAGGGGGCAUGUUGGUGUGUCGGCGGGUGCUGCUGAUCGCAGCCGCGAUCGCGGCCUCGAUCGAGGCUGGCUCCGCUAGUUACCACCCUGGCAUCUCGUCGUCGGAUUAUUCUGGAUACCCGAGUGGAUACGCGGUUUACUCCGGCGCGACGUCACCCGAGUCCUCGUCGAGCUCGUCCACGUCCGGCCCAUCAGAGCUCGCAGCCAGCAACACCGAGUCGCUUUGUCGACCAUCCGAGUUCCGAUGCAGCACCACCGGUCAUUGUGUCGCGCAGGACAAGUACUGCGACGGCGAGAAUGACUGCGACGACAAGUCUGACGAGCCGAGAUAUUGCACCCCUUGCAAUCGGACGUUGUACGGUGACGUCGGCCGGACCUACAGGGUGGAGAUCCGCAGGCCGAGGGAGGAUCGACUGCCAUUCCUGUGUCACCUCAACUUCACUGCCGCCGGAUCCGAUCUCGGGGAUCUAGUUCAGUUAACUUUUGAUACCUUCACGGUCGGCCGCUUUCUAUCCUUUACGUCGGAAGGAUGUCCAGAUGGUUUCAUGACUAUUCGCGAGGAAGGUCGUCCUGCAACGGGAGGACAAUGGUGUGGCAGCGCGUGGGGCUACACAGUCUAUUACAGCGAAACUCCUUCCAUCAAUCUGACUUUAUAUUUACUACGUUUAUCAGAGCAGGGUAUCGGCUACAACUUCGACUUCAAGCUGUCGUACAAGUUCCUGAGAAGAAGCGAGGCGCAUCUCAGAUACGGAAACAGUAGUAUGUCCACAUGGCGCGGCGAGCUAGUAAACGGCACGUAUUGCGAUCGCGUCCUUACCAAAUGCGAUACUAGAGCCUGCCGGCUGCAGUCGCCAAAUUAUCCCGGAGUUUAUCCCAGGAAUGUCACUUGCUACUAUCGAGUCGAGCAAAACCGCGCGCCAGUGGGUCAUCGGGCUUUACUCGCCGUUAGUCAGCGAAACAGUCACAAGAUACACAUUAAGGACCAGGUCGUGAAAUACGACAGAAGUCAGCGAGUGCUAAGGGUAUGGGAUCAGUGCAACGUCGUGCAGGAUUAUUUAACAGUAUAUGACGGAGGUUCAACCUCAGACCGAGUACUUGUAAGGCUGUGUGGAGGAGAUGCGGUGCCAGACAUCAUCAGCAGUCACAAUACGAUGUUGUUAGAGUUUCAUACGUCCCCGUACGACAAUCCGUUUCAUCCAGUACCACUGUCUUUCCUGCCAGGAUUUGAACUCGAGGUUCAGGUGAUCUUUGUCGACGAAAAGUCUCGAAGUUUUGUGAAGGAAAAUGACAACUGCGAUUUUUAUAUAUCCGGUGACGAGAAUUCGUCGGGCAUUCUGGAAAAUCCGAAACACUCUUUACCGCCGAACACGACUUGCCGUUAUCACUUCCAAGGGAAACUCAAUGAAAUCGUUUGGUUAUCGUUCGUUAAAUAUUAUGCCGCCAGCGUGGAAGCUGCUGCGAGUAUUGACACUGCCGCUGAUUGCAAUGCAAAGCUUCUGAUAUGGGAUGGCGAUAUCACAGUGGACAAACUUACUUUCAGCCGAAAAAACGUCACGCUGAUGGGACAGUUUUGUAAGGACGACAUACCGCGACUCUGCGACCACAGUCUGCUGCGUAACAGCAGCCGUCAUACGCGGCCGUGUAGCCUUGCGGAGAGUUACGUGUCGACCGGGCGCGAUCUCACCCUGGAACACAUAUUGCGCCAAGGAAGCGCGUUAUAUCCAAUAAGUUUCGUGCUGCGCUACGAGUUCGUCCACGAGGCCAUCUCGUGUAACCACGUGUUUGCCUCGGUGCCGUCGGCUUCAUCCACGUCUUCCACGUCGUCUUUAUCAUCCUCCUCUUCUUCUUCAUCAUCCUCAUCCUCCUUAUCGUCCAACGCCGGAAAAUUCGCCUCACCGAAGAACGUGUUCUUCUACGGUCGCGGUGGGGCGCAGAAUCUGAGCUGCGUGUACAGAUUCGAGGCCGAGCCCGAUCACAGGAUAGAGCUAUCCUUCGUCAGGGCCUCCUUCGGUGGCAAGAAUUGCGCGUCUUACGUGGACCCGUUGGUAAAUCGAUGGACGUGCGACCGACGCAUGGCGGAUAUUAAAAAAUUCGGCAUGGCGGAUCUUGUUGUCGCUGAAUAUCCUUGGCAAGGAGUAGAAUUGGUUCGCGAUUGUCUGUGCUCGAACGUGAGUGAGAGAAUCGUCGUGCGGACUCUGACAUCGAACGUAGUGGAGGUCAGAUUUACCAUCACGCUCAUGAAUGUUACCCAGGAUUAUCGAGAUUUCUUCUUCGAGGGGGAAUAUCGUUUCGUUCCGGUGGGCGCGGAAUCGAAUGAGCACGGAUGUUCGACGAGACUCGAGGAGCGACGAUUGCGCGGCACCAGCGGCGAGAUUUCCCUCAGGAGUCCUUUACCGCGGGUGAUCCCCGGCCUGGCUGCAGUGGAGGAGAUCCUAACGAACACGGAGGAUCUCACCGCGACGCAAUGCGUGAACGAGCCGUGGUUGAUCGAACCUGAAGACGCGCGUAUUAACUUCCUGUACUUGAGAACUGCCGGUUACGGCAUUACCUUGGACAACGUUGAAGAGUGCACGACCCUGAAUAGAAUCGUUGUUUAUUCAGCUGCGAAUACAAAAGAACGCAGUGUAAUCUGUCCAGAGGGUGGCGUCGACACGGCCAGGACCGUCGACUUCUUCUCAGGUGGCUGGAAUUAUAGUGCCGUGAAUGCGAGCGUGGCGAUGGCGCAGCACUCUCGUAGCUUCGUCGUGGAAUUCCUUCAACGGGAACCAGGUUUCUACGCUGUCACAUGGAUCGCGAUCUCCAAACGUUCACCAACCGCGUCCAAUGUGGGUGCCAAUGCGUUUGCCAUAUUGCCCACGGAAGAUUGCCCGUACAGAUGUCCAGAGAUCCAGGCAUGCAUCAGCUCUGUCCUAUGGUGCGAUGGUGUACGUCAUUGUCCCUCAGGCUUUGACGAGGAAGAAGCCAAUUGCUCGUACCGUUUCGGAGUGACGCUGCUCUACGUUGCGGUGGGCGCCGGUGCCCUCGGUAUAUUCUUAAUCCUCCUGUUGGCCACUGGUUGUCUCAAAUAUUGCCUCUACCGGCACAAGGCGCGUAAGAAGAAGAAGAACGUUGCUCUGAACGUCAAUCAUCUCCACGUGAAUCAUACUCAUCACAACAACGGCUUGACCGGGAGCCGUCUGAGUGGACGUUACAACUUAGCCACACCCCAGGAAAUGUACCUGGAGAAUUACGGGAAGGAUAGUAUUUGUUGACAAUACGCCAUCGCCAAUAUUGAGACCACCGUGUGAAUAGUCAUGAUUUUUAAAUGCCUACCUCGCUCUGGGCCCCCCUCCUCCACUUCCCAUCAACCCCCUUGAGUAACGGACCGGAGUGUACGGCAGCCAAACACUCCCAUCCCAAAGGCACGCAUACACAGAACACACACACACACACUCACAUACAUGAGUACACACGCAUACACACGUAUACAUAUACAUACUUUCGCAGUAAUCGUACGAAAUCCCGUAGAAUAUAUCCGAAGCUCAUAGAAGCGAGCGCACGAGACGUGCUUAUAGGUAGCCAUUUGGUUGAUGGCAAACGUAGUCAAGUUCUCUAAUCGAAUCAUAACGAUCGGCUUGCCUUGAAUAAGCAGAUCGCAAUUCGACUUAUUAGACCGAGGUGGAUGAUGUAUGUCCGUCGAGCUUAUCGCGAGAAUGGAUACCACGAGACACCUGCCUAAUCCUUCAGAAAGGAGUCGCGAAAUUGAUGUAACGCACCUCGUACGCUCGUGUAUAUGGCAUUUACGAUAAACACCGCAGUAUCAUGGUAGGUUUAGAUACACACGAUUUAGGAGUAAAAUGAAAAAAAAAAAAAACGAAAGAUACGCACGAGUGGACGAAGAGCGGCGAAAUUGGCGUUUACGCAAUGCUUUUAAGAGACGUAGGAUACGCUGUUUCCGUUGAGUGCACUUUCUGUCGGUUAUCGAGCAAACGUCGUAAACGUCUACAAGUGUGACGAUAAAAGUAACGAGAUGGAGGGAAAAGAGAAUAGAACGAUGGUGCGAACUUAUCGCGAGAGAAGCGUUUCACGAUAGCUUACGUAUGAAUGACGAUGCGAUAGACGGGAAAGCAUACAUGAGAAUACGCGAAGAGUCACGACACCGUGAAUGACACUCGAAUGAUAUUCGCGGACGUGCCAGUAAAGGUCGAAUGUAUACAUUGCUUGUACUCUUCUGAUCCCGAUCGCAUACAUUCCGACAAUUCGCACUUAUAACAUCACUUAUGAGAUCAUGGAGAAAAAAAUUGAUAAAAAGGAAUAGUCGUGAUUAAAGAGGCGUGAUUUAACGUUUGUACAAGAUCUAGCUUGAUGAUCGUUACUAUUGGACUUACGCACUUCACAUCCGUCUAAUCUAAUUUUCUCAUUAGACCUAUGGCUGGACUAUGUUGUUGCGAUGCAUUGUUCCAAAUUAAGAUGACUGCACAGGGCUGUUUUUUUUUACCGUUAAAAGGUAUUAACUUAUUUCUGGUUUAUUUUUAUUUCUGAUUUAAUUAAAUAUCAAGAUCAUCAUGUAUUUGCAAUUUAACACCGUGACAUUUUGAUCAGAAUCAAAUUAUUGGCUGUAAUGAAUAUUAUGAAAAAAAACUCGAUAAUUGAAUAUAAAUCGAUUUCCACCUUACAAAUUGCUUUACUGAGAUCUGAUUCGAUAUUACCUAGCAAAUCUGAUACAAUUAUCCUUAUAUUAUAACGCAUUAUAUUGUAUUAUAAAUAACUCAUUUAACUAUGAUAUUUUCGUGCAUUACAAUGCAAUGAUCGAGUCGCCGAUCUCAUUCCAUUCAACGUCGAACCAACAAUUAUUUUUUUAUACUAUCUACAGUUUACGAUAUUUUGAACUUUAUAAGUGAUUUAUGGAAGAUGGAAUAAUAUACGUAGAUAAUUUACUUGAAUAAUCUAGAUUCGGUAUCGAUACGCGCUUGAAUGAGACAUAGAUGUCUACGCGUAAUUAAUUGAAUGCUACAGGAGCAUGUACACCGUUAAUCCUGUUAAGCAAAUGGACGCAGUCUCCACGCGUUAGCCUAUUGUAGACACUGUAUGGUAAAGCACGUCUAACGUACGUCUGUAUGCUGUGAUAGAAGUAAGCGUAUCAACAAUCGGAAAUAAAUCUCUCGCGUAAAUUUCACGUUCGCAUAUACGCAUCCUCGAAAACCCAUCGUCGAAGAUGGAUCACGACCUUCCAAUGCAAUCUUCUUUGGCGACAUCGAUAUCUUAACGCGGCCAAGCGUGUAAUUUUUAGAUCAUCGAUCGAAUCAAAAAGAUGUAAUCCAAGUCCUGGAUGCGAACACGAUUUUUCAGACGUAAUAUAUGUACUUUGAUAGAAAAUUUGGUAAAAAUUGAUUGAAAACAGACUUAACCAGAAAAGCAAUAUAAGUCGACAAAAAUAAGAAUUUGACAUGUUAUUACAUUAUACUUAAGAAGACGUAAUCAAAUUAGGGUGAAGCAAAAUUUUAUAUACAUCCCUUUAAUCUUUUAGAAACGUAAAAAAUGGUCAUAGUAAGAAGCGCUUCGAUUUUUAUAUACAUUUGUAAUUUUUUCUAUCCACUUCGAAUUGAAAAAAUUUUCUAGCUUUAUUAUUUUAGACAGCAAUUAAUUGGAGAAUUUUAUAUAAGAACAGUAAUUGAAUACGAGUUAUACUUGCAAUUUUUAGCAAUCAAUUGCGAUAUUUUGAUACGGUAUUUUUGCAAACUCACGUACACUUUCUGCGACAAUUUGAAAAUUUCCGCAGAGAUGUCGGCCGCGUUAAGAUAUUUUUUCGCCAGUCUCAUGAAUUGCUCCGUGAAUAAUUCAUUACAUAAGGACAUCGCCUACCAACGAAUACUGCCGCAGUUAUUAUUUAUUCAUAAAGUUUUAUAAGUCUCUUUCUACCCGAAUACGAAAAACUGUCCGAGUAUAUAACGUUCUGUACGCUAUAAGACACGGAAUCCGAUAACGAGUAAUGUAACUAGCGAAUAAACGUAGCGUGCAUCAGAAGCGAAACUGUGCACCCGCCAAGCUCCUCGAUGUGUUAACUGCGCGAUUGCCACAUUAAAGACAUGUUAAAAAUUUACUCUAACAUAUCGAAAGUUCGAAAUUAAUUUAAGCGCGUCACACCAUCCAUCACUAGUCGAGACUGAAGUAGCGAAGUCAUCUUUUCACGGAUAACCGUGACGACUUACUUUCGAAAAGAAAUUUUCCCCAAUUUUCCCUUUAUAUAAAAUUCCGUCAAAUAAGAAAAAAAGAGGAAGCGUUUCCCACGAAAUUUUUUAUAUAUUCUCGAGUCGGUGGUUUUCUCGCAGUUCACGAUAAAUCUAUCUAUAAAUAAGUAAAAGCGUAAGUCCUUCGACGACGGAAACCGACGUAAUAAACAUUGUGGGACGCAUCGUUUUCUAUUCACAAGGGAACGACGAUUUAUAUUACCUAUUUUCCCGGUAUCUUCCCGGCAUCAAGACGUUGAUAUGACCCGGCCUUUAAAAGCAUCCACGAAAGUCGUUCCUAUCGUUGUCGUAACCAAGACGGAUCAACAUCGAGUUUAAUUUCUCCAACGGAUAUAUGAAUCUAAAAUCUACUGUGGAGCGUGUAGUCAUCAUGGGAUUUAUACGGUACGACGACUCGACUCCACGUCGCGCUCAAUCGAGAAUGCGUCCUACGAUUACGAAACUAUAGUAUUAUGCAUGUAUGUAAGAACGUACACGAAAAAAAAAAUAACAUAAAAAAAGGAAAAAAAAUGCCGUAGCACAAACUGGCUCGCACAUACGUAGCUAAAAAAAAAGUGAAUGGUAAAGAGUUUUGAAUCAAAGAGGCCUUGAUUCAACGACGUUUCUAAGCAAGUAUUACGCGUUACACGAUGUAUUGUAAUCCCGUGUUUAUAAUUUUAAUAAAAUACCAUCGCGUUAAAGAAACCCAGCA